GAAAGCUGAGGAGUACCUGCGGCUGUCCCAGGGGAAAUGCACGCGGUUAAUGGCUCAAAUGACAGCGACGAGCACCGCCGUGAUGUGCCUGGACCUGGCAGCGAGUUUCAUGAAACAGCCAGCUGACAAAAGCUAUUUUGUUAAACUCUCCGGUUUGAACAAGACAACGUAUCAGAGCUCCAUGAAGUCUUUGGAGUGUUUGCUAGAGCUGAACCCCAGACUGGGAAUGCGAGACUUGGCUGUGCAGUUCGGUUGCACAGAGGCAGUGAGCACCGCUUCAAAAAUACUACAGAGGUACGAAUCCAGCCUCCCUGAAGCACAGCAGAUGGGCCUUGAUUUCUCAAAACCACUUUUUAUAACAGCUGCACUAUUCACUGCAUGCAGGUCUUUGAAGCUAAAAGUGGACAAAACUAAAAUGUUGGCUACAUCUGGUGUGAAAAAAACAAUAUUUGACCGGCUGUGCAACCAGAUGGAGAAGAUGAGCCAACAACUCAGCAAAGAAGAGGUUCCAGUGGCUGCAGAGACAGAUGAAAGCUUGAACACUAAGCUGGAGCACUGUGAGAAGGAAGAUGGAUCUGAAGAUGAUGAGGAGAUGCCAUGUAAACGGCCAAAGACUGAAACAAAGCAAGACUAUGAAGAAUGGAAAAAGAAAAUCCUGGAAAAUGCUGCUAAGGCACAGGAGACAAGUAGGAGUGCUGUCACUGUAGUGCCACCUAGUAGUAUCACUGCUGCUUCCUCGUGA